AUGACCCCCAAGUCAUCCCGGGCCCCAUCGGCAUCCGAAUUACAAGUUACAGGCAAGCGUCCGCUGACAGGCAGUGAGGAAAUAGAAGACGAAAACCGGAGGAAAGAUCCCAAAAUCAGCAGGGCAUGCGACAUUUGCAAGAGAAAAAAGAUCCGAUGCGAUGGCACACUACCAUGCAACAACUGUUCCAGAAGGAAGAUCAGCUGCGCCUAUGACGCCAAAUAUGGCCGAGGGAGACCGCCGACUCCUCAGUCCUCAACCGCGACCGAUCAGCGCCAGGGACAACAGAUACCGGACCGGAUAGAUGGACUUGGCGCAUGGAAGCAGCCGCAACUUAUAGAGUACGAUGAUCUAGCCCCACAGGUGCAGUCUCGGGCUUCGCUGGACCAGGAAGUGGAAGGUCAAUACUUUGAUCCUUCUUCGGGAUUGAACUUUUUACACCGCGCGUGGAAAAAGUUGUUGGUCCAGAAAGAUGAGUCGGCGUCUUAUGAUUCUCAUGAAACAGGGCGAAACCAACCACUGAUUUCGGCCGGAGACCGGCCGUUUCGCAUUGAUGGCAACACGUCAGAAAGCUUCUUACCAGAUGCUUCGUCGGCUAGAAAAUUACAAUGCUUCUAUUUUGAAACGUGUGUGGUCACCUAUCGCAUUUUCCAUCAACAAACGGUGGAGCGAUGGAUGGAAGUGUUUCUCAAAGAUCAACAAGAUGGAAAGCCUUUGGGAUGGUCGCUUGGCCAUUGCAGGACUGCGAUCCUCCUUACCAUAAUGGCCAUCGCAACUCUGCGAAUGGAAAAGGUGAAAAGGAACGACGCAGAAGAAAAUGAGGCACACACCCUACAACAGAGCGACCGACUCUUCUGCGCUGGCAUGAAACUGAUCAAUGGGGAAAUGGGAUUCCCGCGUCUCGAGUCUGCACAGGCUCGUUUAAUCCAAGUCCUUUAUCUUCUUCAAACAGCCCGCAUGAAUGAGGGAUGGUAUAAGUUUGGAAAUCUCUUCCACAUCACACUUUCGAUGGGCAUGCACAGGAGACGAGAUCAGAAAAGGGACUUUCCUUUCAACAAGCGGCAGAACUACAUUUCCUCUGAGUGUUUGAAACGCACAUUCUGGGUUGCUUAUAUCCUGGAUAAGUAUCUGAGUGUGGUUUUCGGUCGACCGAGGCUCUAUCAGGAUGAAGAUAUUGAUCAGAAUUUCCCGGAUAGUGUGAACGAUGAGGAUAUGACAUUCGAAGGACCUACUGUUUCGGACGAUUCUACCGAUUGCCAUGUCGAUGCUCUCAUUUCCCAUGCAAAAAUUGCGCGUAUAAUUGGAACAGUGUCACGAGAAGUAUACUCUGUUAACGAUUUACCCCAUCAACACCGUCUGGCAGCUGCCCAUCGACUAGGCCAAGAGCUACAUGAAUGGCGCGCAAGCCUACCGCCACAUCUGGGAACCGUGAAACCAUCUACAUUGAUGCCCAGCUUCCGACGUCAAGCCAUUGCUUUGCAGCUGGCAUAUUUCCAUGCUCUCAUACACACCAAUCGGCCCUUUUUACUGAGUGAGGCGGCACCGGAAAGUGUUUCUGAGUGUUUGUCUGCGACCAAGGCUAGCUUAGAGCUCGUCAACAGAAUGGCAAGUGACAGCACUUUGCUUUAUUCAUUCUGGUGGACACACUACGUCAUCUUCUGUGCAUUGGCGGUGGUGUAUGUCUGGGAGAUUCAACGUACCACACGGUCUACCAAUGUGGUUGAUGAAGAGAGCCUGGGGCCACUCUUUGAACUUGCAGAAAGAUGUCGAGGUCAUCUCAACCGCGCAUCUACGGACGUGUCUCCGAACCAACGCUACAGCGUGAUACUCGAUGAAUUGAGGUCCGAGGCUUUGCGAUGUCGACUGUUAAGACACAACUCUCAUAACAUUGAUCCAAACGGGAUGCAACAUUCCGAAGCAAACCCAGCUGUAGACUUCAGCUCUUCCAUGCCAAAUACUGACUUCGUAUCUGAUGCACACCUACUUGAAGAAGAGGCAAUGACGAACGUACUAGACGGGUUUCUGUUCAGUGACUGGCAGACUCUUGACUCAUCAGCUUUCUUUCCAUUGCCUGAUCCUGAUUCUGUAUCCCCAACGUGUUACCCCGCAUUCAAUUAG